UUCGCCUAUUCUAUGACGUGCUCGUGUGUAGUAACUCACUUCGCCCUUUCACUCCUAAACAACGCAAUUUUUAAAACUUUGGCACAGGCUAAAAUCUACAAAACUUAGUCCACUCUGUUCGUAACAGGUUUUAGUUUUGGGAAUAUACAAUUAUUGUUUUGACAAUAGAAAACGGUAUUAUUAGCAUAAUUAGAACAUUUGCAUAAUAUCGGCCAAAUCCAUCUCGCGCCAUCCUUUCCCACUGAGCUUCCUGUCAUCACCAUAUUCGGUAGUGAGUGGAAACGCCAACCGGAUGCUUCAAACGUAUACAUCCGGUGAAAUAUCUAGCAAAUGUUUAUCGUAGGUUUUCUUCUUCUUUAAAUUUGUAUUUGUCGGAUUGCAACAAACUGAAAGGUGUAUACUGGAGUGUUAAUCUAUUUAUUUGAUCUAGCCCUGUGUUUCCGCCUACUAUUCUGGAGUUUAUCAUAGUUUAGCUGCAAUCGCACAUUUAUCGUUAAUGUAGUACCUAUGCAGUACUUAAGUAAAUUGUUGUGGAGAAAGACGUAUACAACGGACAGGAAGUGGCAAUCUAACACUUCCGGUACUUCCAGGCGGGCAAUUUUGAAACAUGUAGGACUUCAAGCAAAAUGAACCACUACAGUAGUAGUAGUAGCUAGCUAGCAAGUUAUCCACUCGCAAUAUUGCAUUACAUCGGUUUUGCAUUAGUUAUUAGGUGCCUAGUUAGCGUUUUAUAUGUAUUUGUUAACUAUACAAUUGUCUUUGUUCUCAUUUCGUAAGCUAGCUUGUUAGCUACUGAUUUUAUAUUGGUAAAUCAAGCUUGACAGGCGGCAAGGAUGAGCAACGAGACACCACAACCCGUUUUGGCUGGGUACAACUGCAGCCUGCAAUUCAGGGCGUCCCUGCAUGUGGGCAUUACUACAUCUGCAGGAACCAGGGACUGAACACCCCUCUGCAACUGGAUUCUGGACUUCCUGACGGUCCUCCCCCAGGUGAUUCUACCAGCCAGCCACGAAGGAGGUCAAUGCGGUUGAGCUCUCCAAAUGAAAAUGUCCCCAACUCUGCUCCUACAGAUGCCGUAAAACGCCGCAUCACUGUGAGGAAGAUUGCACCCAGGAAAACACAAGUCAAUGUCCCCUCCGAGGAACACACAGAAAAUGAACAAAGAUUGCUUGAAGGCAGUCGGAAGAAGUCAAAAAUCUAUACCCCAGGACCUGCCCAGGUCCCUCCGCUAAAAGCCACCAUGCUCUCCCCGAUCUUGGCCCCCUCACCACCCUGUCCACAGGCUGCAGCAAACCCAGAAGACUCAGCAUGGUCACAAAAGGUGCGGAGGUCCUAUACCCGCCUAAGCCUAGGGGACCCUUCGUUUGAAAGUCACCACGCCGUGUACUCCCCAUCUCCUCAGCGUCGGGAGACCCUGUUUGGAUUUGAGAAGCUUCAGACACCUCAGGUUCUCCGCAAGGUGGAGCAGUUCAGGGUGGGCCCUGAAGCCUCUAGGUCUCUCUGUGGAGUCAGCUCCUUCACCCUGCUGGAAGGGGACAACAGUGCUGCUCCCGACCCAGAGCCAGAUGUCAACAUCCCUGGUGUCGCUGUGGUAAAGGAGAAGAAGAGGAGGAAGAAGGUUCCUCAAAUAAAACUGGCAGAGCUGGAUGACCUUGCGGCAAAGAUGAAUGCAGAGUUUGAAGAGGCAGAAGGAUUUGAGUUGUUGGUGGAAUAAACUCAUGGGUCAUCGACAAAGACUUUGACAUGUGACUAGAAAGACUUGUUGCCAAUACUGGAGAACGUUAAUGUUUUUAAAUUCAUUAUUGAUUUACAAAGACGAUGAAGAGUUAAGGUUUUAUUUGCAUGAAAAGGCCGCCUAUGGGAAACCAACAGGAUUAAUUUACAAGACAGAAAUGUUGAUUUUUAUUUUUUUUUAAAUCCAGUUGGAAAUGUCAGAUUGGUAUCAACAGUGUAUCUCAAGAAAUAAUUCUAGCUUCAAGGAUGUUCCUGUCACUUUGAAAUGUUGAUAGUUAUUUGUUUUUUGAAAUUACAACUUCAUUAUGUCACUGGGACAUACAUUUGUGUUGAUGAGCACCCUUUAUAUUUACAAUUAUUUGCUAAAUCAUUGUUGGAUUACAGGUGUGUUUUAACCGAUCACAUUUUGUUCCCUAGAGGUUGCGCUCACCCUCUCAUUGUGGUUUCUUCCAUCACUGUUAUUUUCUUUUGUGUAAAUGUAAUUAGUUUCUUUAUUCCACUCAUAGAUGAUAGUUUAGACGUUAGUGAUUAAGACUUUUAUUAUCUGAUCACUACUCCAUAUCAAUUGGAAACGCGUUCUUAUUGGCUGACCAUGUCCGUUACUGACUCAAGUCUAUCAUAUGGUUGAAGACGUCUCUUUGCUUUGUUUUGUUUUUUUGUAAGAAGUAAUGUUGCUUUUUAGAAUUGUUCUGCUAUCAUGAAUAUAAUAAAUAGUUUAUUCUGUGUAA